AUGGAGACUAUCAAGAAGAAGAUCAACGCGCUCAAAGAGGACAACGAAAUCAAGCAGGAUGAAAUCGACAGACUCACAAGCGAGCUGAAGAAGGAACAGGACGAGCGAGAACGCGUCGAGCAAGAGCUCCAUGCUUUGAACAGCAAGAACAACAUGCUCGAAGACGACCUCGAGCGAGCCGAGGAGAAACUUCAAAGUAUCACUUCGCGACUUUCCACCGCUGAAACCGAGAAAGACGAAGCCGACCGCGCAGUUCAAAGCCUUUCAAUUUCCGAAGGAAACGCAUCCGAUAAGCUCAUGGAUCUCGAACAGCAGCUCAAAGAAGCGAAGAUCUUAGCCGAAGAAUCUGACAGAAAAUACGAAGAGGUCCAGCGAAAACUCGUCGCCGUCGAAGGCGAUUUGGAGCGAGCGGAAGACAAGGCCGACGAGUUCCAGCGUAAAUUUAAUGCCAAGGGUUUUACAUUUUCUGUUACAUAUCUUCGCAUACUAGAGGAGAGUGAAUGUAAAACCGCCACUACAGAUGUGCAGAGCGAGGUUCGGGACCUAGAUACUAGUUUGAAAAGUGCGCAAGCACUCGAAGUAAAUGCAUCUGAGCGCGAAGAAGAGCUAGAGCAAAAAAUCGCCAAGUUGAAUGAAUCUCUCCGCGAGUUGGACAGAACAAACGAGACGCUGGGCAAGGAGAACACCAGGCUGCUCAAGGACAACGAAGAUCUAGAGGCCGAAAUCGAAAGCAUCAAGCUCGAGCGAGACCAAAUUAAGGAGGAACUGGCGCAAACCAUUCGCGAGCUGGGCGAAAUCUAA